GCGAAGCGCUCGUUUCCCUUUCCAGGGGCUAGUGUACUGCUGUCACAACACCCCCCCCCCCACCUCCAAACUACGAGUUUGGUAGGAACAACAGUGACUGGGUUCGCCCUCCUGAUCAACUUGAGGACAGAUUUGGGAAAAAACAUGUCUCGGAGUAACAGAAAUAAUCGUGCAUGGCGAUAUGUUUACAGUGGCAUUCGAGAAACCGAUGCUAUGGCUGUAGUAUUGCCUGAUGGUUCUGCAGGUGCUGUCUAUGAUUCAGAUGGUCAGCACAGUGACUCUGAUUCUGAGCCAGAAUUCCAUUUGCCGCCAUCAAUACCAACUGCAUUACCUGUGACAGGAGAAUCUUAUUGUGACUGUGUAAACCAAAAUGAUACUCGAUGCUGUGGUAGUAUGCGCAGUUUUCAUCGUAUGAAGGACUGCCACUGUGGAGAGGAAGAUGAAUAUUUCGAAUGGAUGUGGGAUGAUUCAACCAAAUCUUCUGCUACACUGCUAAGCUGUGAGAACAGAGAGGUGAAUUUCCAUAUGGACUAUAGUUGCGGAACAGCAGCGGUUCGUGGCAACAAAGAAAUGAGCGAGGGACAACACUUCUGGGAAAUAAAAAUGACCUCUCCGGUAUAUGGUACAGAUAUGAUGGUAGGAAUAGGAACAACUGAUGUCAAACUGGACAAAUUUCGUCACACCUUUUGCAGUUUACUGGGAAAGGAUGAAAAUAGUUGGGGUCUCUCCUACACAGGUGUACUCCAUCACAAAGGUGCCAAGAGUCACUUCUCAACAAGAUUCGGUCAGGGCUCUAUCAUAGGUGUUCAUCUGGAUACGUGGCAUGGUGUCUUGACAUUCUUCAAAAACAGGAAAUGCAUAGGAGUUGCAGCUACCAAACUGCAAAACAAGAAGUUUUUUCCUAUGGUGUGUUCCACUGCAGCAAGAAGCAGUAUGAAAGUGAUUCGCUCGUGUUUCUCUCCAACCUCUCUCCAGUAUCUUUGCUGUCUGCGGCUUCAGCAAUUAUUGCCUGAUCACACCAACAAAUUGGAGGUUCUUCCACUGCCCCCGGGUCUGAAGCGUGUGCUACGCAAUCGAUUGGGUUGGGUCCUCACUAUGAGUCAAGAAGGUAGCAGCAGCGAGGCUGCUUGCAGCUCAUCAGGCAGUGAUUCUGACAGUUCCUCCACAAUAGAUUCUGAAACUUGUCAACGGAAAAGAUGUCGAUGGACUUAACACCUCUGGUUUGAUUUCCAUUUAAAUCAUGACUUUUGCAUCUAAUGGCCGUUAAAACAUUUAUUUAGUAUGGACAUGGAGCAUUACUGCUAUACAAUGAGAUGAGUGCAAGAUGACUGAUGCUCUGUUCAUUUUGAGUGGUUCCUGCUCUGUGCAGCAAUCUUACAGGAACUGUUAUCUGUCAGCACAGAUUGGCAGAAGUGCAAAUAGGGGUUUAAGAUGAUGUCAUUCUCAAUAAAGUUACCUGUGUUCUAAGGGUGUUUUCCUCAGUCUACACAGUUUUUGUAGGUUAUUUAGCACUUUCACUUAAUAUAUUAAAUAAUCAGCUUGUCUAAAAUGUUUAUAGCAUGCAUAUCUUAUUUCUCAAGAAAACUUCAGUAAACUCUACCUCUGGUUGAGUCUUUCUGGUUAAGCCAGGGAAAUCACUCGAGUUUUUCCUGAGCUUUAGUUCUUAGUUGGGAUAAAGCUAAGUCUGAUCAAUCAGUGUUGAGUUGGAGGGGGAAUAAUGUUCUGAUUCCUAUUCCCAAUAACUGUGUGCUACUGGAGACAUGCAAGUGAACAUCUGAUGAGGAUUGAAUUAAUUUUUGUCAGAAAAUUUUGACAACUGCAGUUUUGGCUUGCACUUGCAUUUUACUGAGGUAAUUAUUAAAACCUUCUGAAAUUAACUUAUUUCAGGAGAGGGAAGAAUCAGGUGGAAGAGUAGAUGCUGUUGUAAAAUUUAUGUUGUGUGACUGAAGAAAAUAUUUGUCAAUCUCAACUUUAAAUUUGAUGUAAGCCUAAUUUCUGUGCUGUAAAAACAUUUAAAUAUUUCAUUUGCUGGUACACUGCAAAAGAAGUGUCUACUAUCCGAGCAAUCUAAAAUGAAUUGAGUAAACAGCAUAUUAAUGAUUUUCAUUGGAUAUUUAACAGUUGUAAUCGCCAAACGAAUUUCCUAUUGCAGGCAAUGGAGCACAUUUGCAAAACUGCUUGAAAUCUCAUUUUGUUCAAUUUGUAUAUGGAAUGCUUAUCAACUGUAUGAUGUUUGAUAAUGGAAAUUGGUUACUAUUGUUACUAUAAUUAAGUAAUUAUUGUCAACCUCCAGCUCAAAGGAUAGUUGGUCUCACAUUCUGAAGUAUUGCUUUGAAUCGGUCACAUUUAGCUUCAGUGGGUUAUUCCCUAAAUUGGUUCCAAGAAUUGUACUUUGCCUAGUAUGGAAGUAAGUACACCUAUUUCAAAAUUGGCCCUAUUUAUGCCAAAUGAAAUGAGACCAUUAGUACAUAGUGGAAUGUAAAGAGAUGUGAUUUGUUUCCUGUUUUUAUUCCAAUAGUGCUUUCUGUGUAUACUAAGAAUGACAGUAUACAAUAUUUCCCAACUAUUGACCAUCCAUUCUUUCCUAGAAGAUAGUUUGAGUGGAAAUUGCUUAUGUUUUGUAAUGAUGGAAUCUACCAGUAAGGUUUUGAUUUGUGUGAAUGUCUGGAAACAUAAUGUGCAAUGCUAAUUCUAAUGUUUAGCACUUCAAAUAGAAUAUUUGAGUGUAACUUGAAUUCUGGUUUUGGCGUUCUGGAUCUGUUGUAAAGUUUAAAUGCAAUUUUGGGCCUUCUGUUGUAAUGUAGUCACCUGUAUCCUUUUUGCCCCUCUUGGAUUUGUACUUUGAAAAUCUUAAAAGUUGUAAAAAGAAACAGCAACUUGACAAAUAUUAAGUGCUACAAAAAUGGAAAAGAUGUCUGGGUGCAAAAAGAAAAUCCAAAGGUUAGGAAUUGAGGUUUUUUUUAAAAAAAAGUGUAACUUCAUUCCUUAGAGCUGUGCCACAUUUGUUCAGAAAGAAAUUGAAAAUAUCUUCUAUAUUCAGCUUUAUAAUCGCCCUAUGCCUCCUACAGGUUAGCAAACAUAUUGUCUUUGCUUUAGAGUAAGAGUCUGAUGUUUAAAAUUGAGAUCUUAAAAGAAACAAAUACUGCAGAAUUUCUAUCAAAUUUCAGGCCAUAAAAGCUGUGAAAUUCUCCUUGUGUAGAAGCAUGCAAAUAUGGCAUUGUGCCAAUUCAAACUUUGUUUUUUUAUUUGAUCCCUUUAUAAUUCAAUUGAUGCAACACAUUGCACAUCACAAGUUACUAUUUAUUUGAUCACAUCUAUUAAUACAAAGAUAUUACAUUCUGUCAAACUCACAAAUCUAGUCUCACUUUUUCAGGGUUACAAUAAACAAUCUACGAACUUGGCACUCAGUACAGAGAAAAAACAUUUUGUGCUCUCGGGUUUUAGGUGUAGCAUUCUGUGUGAGGCCUUAGACUCUUAUUUGUGCUCUUCAAGCUUGUUUGUAAUGUUUUUAUCAUUUCUGUUUGCAAAUACUGUUGUUUGACAUUCAAUUUUUCCUUGUGCUUAAUCUAAAAACUAGUACUUUAACUUGCAGUCUGGUGUGUAAUACUAUAUCACAGCUGAAUAUUUAAUGUGAAGUCUUAAUCAAAAUUAGAAUAGCAAUGCUAUAUUUUUUCCAAGCCUGAAAGAAAAUAUAUUUUAUUCUCCUGGA